GUUUGGCGCCCAAAUUUUCACUAGUUCAUUAAUUUUUCUUAUUACUUUUCUUGAAAUUUAGCUAAAUUAGCGUUGGAGUAUUCGAAUACUUUAAUUAUAUUCGAUUUCAAACAUCGUUAGUGACAACUCUAAAAGUACAGAUCUAUUUAGUGCUCAUAAAUACCAUGCGACGUACUCGAGCCCCUUCGCAGUUAGCCAAGAAUCCUUGCACUCCAAAAGGCUUCGCUUCGGUCACCGGAGCCACCAGAAGCACCGAGAAAUUACUCAAUUUGGUGGCAAGUACCGAAACACUCGUAACGUCUUCAGAUGACUCAUCAUCGCAUUCUGUACCUUUAGAAGAUACAGUACCUGAAGUUCAAAAUAUCGAUGAUACUGACUCCAAGGCAGACAAGAAAGUGUUUAAUGUUGUUUGGGGUAAACAAACUAAGAAGAAGCAUAAAACUUGGGAAGGUGAUGGAACCGUAGAAGUUUCAAACGAUACCGCUGUUCUAAAGGAUGAAAAUGGACAAAUUCUAGGACGUACGUCGAAGUUGAAAGCACCGCUGGAGGAAGGAAGUCGCGUUUAUAUCGGAAGUAAAGAAGUUGAGAUUAUCGAUGAAGUUUGUAAAGAGAAUAUUAACGUGAGCAAAUCUAUCGAAAGUGUUUCUUCGAGCGAUGGUUUCAAAAGACCGGUGAAAAGAUUCAAAACUAGUUGCAGUUCGCUUCAUGUGGUUGAUGAUGUAAAUGCUCUCGUUCUACCUAAACCUGAUCUUAGCCAUCAAUGGAAGUAUAACAAGGAUGGUUUACCAAUAACGGAUGUUAAAUUAGAUUCUUUUCUUUCCCGCGUCUUACGACCACAUCAACAACAAGGAGUGGUAUUUUUAUACUCGUGUGUUACCGGUAUACGUGACAUAAAACGUAACGGAGCGAUUUUAGCCGAUGAAAUGGGUCUUGGAAAAACGCUGCAGUGUAUUUGUCUGAUAUGGUUACUUUUGAAAAACGGUCCUUAUGGUGGUCUACCUCUCGUCCAACGAGUAUUAAUAGUCACUCCUAGUAGUCUGGCCAAUAAUUGGUUAAAAGAGUUCAAACGAUGGUUAGGAUUUCAACGACUACAGCCUUACGUGAUCAGCCAGAAACAAAAGCCGUCCUCUUACGCGAAUAUUCCGUCUACCAAAUCGCCAGUUAUGAUUAUAUCGUACGAAAUGCUUGUUCGACAUUUCGACGACAUUAAAGAUAUAAAAUUUCAAUUGCUAAUCUGCGACGAAGGUCAUCGUUUGAAAAAUAAUCAAAUUAGAACUUCAACGUUACUCAAUCAACUUAACAUCAGGCGACGUAUUAUUCUAACGGGAACUCCGAUUCAGAAUGAUUUACAAGAAUUUCACGCUUUGGUGGAUUUCGUCAAUCCUGGUAUUUUAGGAAGCUAUGCUGAGUUCAAGAAACAUUAUGAAGAUCCGGUCGUGUUAUCGAAUCAGCCAGGAUGCGACGACGAACUGAAGCAACUAGGCGAAGACCGAGCGAAACAACUUAAUCUUUCGACUAAUUGUUUCAUUUUACGUCGAACUCAGAGUAUUAUUAAUCAAUAUUUGCCUUCGAAGCAAGAAUGUGUUGUAUUUUGUAUUCCAACUCCGUUACAAGUGGAAUUGUCGCGAGCUGUUGUACAAUUCUGGGAAAGCAGUUUGACCGAUGUGAGCAAAAAAAUACCUCAUUUGAGCGUUAUCACCUUAUUGAAGAAGAUUUGCAACGAUCCCAGGCUGGUCAAAGGUGCUGUCGAAGAUGUCGUUGAGGAUGAUUUCGAUAUUCUUGAAGAUAAUGAACCGGUUGAGGAAACUUUAUCCGAUUUGCUGGAAUCAGUGUUUUCCAAAAACGGAUCUACACCAUCGUACGAAUUCUCUGGAAAGAUGUCUGUUUUGGAGCAAUUGUUGGUCGAUCUGAGAAAAACUAAAGAGAAAAUUGUAUUGAUAUCGUAUUUUACUCAGACUUUGAAUUUAUUAGAGAAACUCUGCGUGGAUAAAAACUACCCCUUCUUACGUUUAGAUGGAAGUACUCCUGCUUCAGCUCGAAUGGAAGUCGUAGACAAAUUUAAUAACGAACAUUUGAAUAAUUUUGUAUUUUUAUUGAGUGCCAAAGCUGGCGGCAUUGGUUUAAAUUUGACCGGAGCAUCUCGAUUAAUUUUAUUCGACUUGGAUUGGAAUCCAGCUUCCGAUUUGCAAGCCAUGAGUCGCAUCUGGCGCGAUGGCCAGAAAAAGAAUUGCUUCAUAUAUAGAUUCUUGACCAGUGGCACAAUAGAAGAGAAAAUAUACCAAAGGCAAAUCUCAAAAACAGCUUUAAGCAACGCAAUUGUCGAUAUUCAUAACACGUCCAACGUGAAACUAUCUAUCGAAGAAUUAAAAGAUCUCUUCGUCUGCGACCCAGAUUGUUCAUCCCUGACCCAUGAUUUACUAUCGUGUCACUGCGAUGGCACAGGAAUACCAGAUAUCGCUCACGACGAUGAAACUAUCGUCGAAAGAGAAUGUCAGCUGAAUUUAAACGAGUCGAGUGGAUCUAAAGGAUCUUCUAAAAUUAGCGAAUUACUCGAAUGGGAACAUUACGCGCCACCUUUUGAUGACGAUAUUUUACAAGAACUGUACCUGAAAUCGACUGCUGAAAGGAUAUCGUUCUUAUUUAGAAAUAAAUGCUCGACUGUGGAAACUACAAAUUGAUGAGUUGAGAUUUGUGACCUGCCUUAUUGGUAAUUACCAUCUUCGGAACUUCAAGAGAACUGAGCGUUUUCGUCUGCCGAAUUUUCAUCUUCAUCUUCGAAAUGAAUAUUUACUCCAAAAUUUCAAUUAUGUUGGUGAAAUCUUGAUUGGUGAGUGACUUAGACUAAAAUAUAUUAGAAUUUAAGGAAUGUACUUUUUUUUAUCCCCAAUUUCCCUUGACAACCGAAAUGCAACGUAGACCUGCGAUGAUGGAUUAUCGAGUACUCUGAAUUAUCCAUACAUUUCCAAUAUUGCCUCAGUUGUUGAAUACUCAUACUACGCGAUGAGAGAAAGGUACAAUCGUAAUGUUUCCUCUUGUCCAUGCUGGCUUUACUACAUUGCACUAUUGGCUCGAACAUCUUGAAAGUCAUGAACAAAUGUGGAAAUACCCCCUCCUUCCCCCUCGAAUUGAACAGCACCCUGUAAUGAGUUCAAAUCCCUUUGAAACUUACAUCUUUUACCAUUGGAAAUUUUUAUUUUGUUACUUUUGUGUAAUGGAAAAAUAAUUAUUGAAGCUUUUAUUUAUCGACAAAAACUUGGCAGAAAAGUGAUUACAAAAAUCACAUAGUAUUAUGAAAAAUUUGAUGUUGUGUUGUUUGUUUUGCAUCGAAAUGAUGAAAAUGUAUUAAAAAAUUGAAGAGUUCAGUCACGAGUUCGAUCACCUUUUAAAGAGGAAGACUUCAAAAUUGUGAUAUGUACUACAACAAAUUGGUAGUAUUGAAUUUUUUCUUAUUUUGCGCCGUGGUUAGGUAUUUUUUUACCCCCUCCUUCAUCACUAAUUGAGUUUUGUAAUUUUUUUCUUACCUGUUUGUUGUAUUUUUAUGCAGUUGAUGUGAUAUUUUUUGAAACUAGUUAACUUACCUAUACUUGACUUAUUUUUAGUUCAGUUUUUUUUAAAAUCUGUAUGCUAUUUUCAAACAAAUUAUGUGGCUGUUGAUUUAUUUUCCUGUGAUCUAGCAUUAAAAAUAAAUGAAUAAAAAUGAUGAUCAAAUAAU